AUGCACAGCGCGCUGCUAAAAAACGUGCACGGCCAGCUGUGCAGAGGCCGAAAUGGCAGUGGUAAGUACUGUCAGCAGUUGGUGCGGUUGAACCCAACGGAGGGGGCGCCCCUCGGCGCCAGGGGGGUUAGCUCGGUAGGGGGUCACACUCGAAGCUACGCUGGCAGAUACACUGGAAGUUACCCUGGAAACUACACUCGCAACGACCCACGCGACUGCGCUGAGCACCAUGCUUCCCCCUACACAUGGCACCUCACAGCUGACUCCUCAUUUUUUCGCCGCACAAACCGUUCCUCCGCCACCUGGAGCGGGAACUCCCACGCGUUUGGAACGUAUGGCGAAUGUUAUGGCAUUCUUCGAGUAGGGACACACAAAUUGCAGCACACCAUGAUGGCAAAGAAUGUUGCCUUCUCCACGGGCACGAAGAGCAAAAAGACUGGAAAAGGCGCAGAGGAGAAAAAAAACACUACUAAACAGUAUGAAGUAGAUAGCGAUAGUGUGAUGAAAGAUUCCCUUAGUGAAGAAAUAAAAGAGGCAACUGGGAAAGAAGGAGAUCAUUCUGAAGCUACAGAAAAUAUAGGGGAAAAAAAAAAAAAAUCCAAACUGAAGUUAAUAAUGUUCCCGUUCAGCAUCGCCUUCGGAGCAUACGUCAUGUACAAAGUGUAUCAGAAUGACAUGAAUCUGUCCAAAGCUGAAGAGAGCAUCAUUAAAGAUUUGGUUCACCUCAUUUACACUUACGAGGAAAAAAUGAGCAAAAGUAAUUCCAAGUUCGUGACUUGCUUGAGUGAAAAAUUAAACAAGCAGAUAGCAAUGUACUUCCUUCAGUUGGAUGCGGAUAAGAGCUCAGGUUUCCUGAUCAGUGACGCGCUCUCCUUCUUAAAUGACCUGAACAUAAAAGAAGAUAACACCAUUGUAAAAAGUUUUAUAAAAAGUGGGGUCGGAAAGAACAUCGAAAUGAAGAAGUUGUCUGGCUGUUCUCUACAACAGUUCGCGGAGCUACUGGAAAGCCUAAUUCUCGUGAGCAAAACGAAACAACAAAAUGGGUCAUCACAAGACACACUCCAAACGGGUACCAACCAGGAGAACUACUACCUCAAUAUACUGCAGAGGUAUUUAGACGCCCUACUCUACAUCGUCAAGACGUCCGACUUAUAUUUGUACGUCCAAAUGAAGAAGAACGCGGUAUCAUCAUCAUCCUCUGCCUCUUCUCCCCAAGAGGGUCAGCAAGAAGAACAGACAGACGAUUUAGAAAUUGCUAUCCUUAAUAAGCUCACCAAGUACAAUGACAAAUAUGUACAAAAGAAGAAUCUCACUCUGGAUUACUUGUUAAGCAAAGAGGAGUUAUCUAAGUUUAGACAAAAUGCCAACCUGACCAGGAAGGAAGAAGAGAAGGAGUUACUCCUCAUCGAGAAAAAAAAAUUGGAAGAGAAAAUCCAGCUGCUGUUGAAACUACAAGCGAAAAAGACCUUAACAGAAACGGAGGUUAAGCGGCUACAAGAUUUGAAGGCAAAACUGAGGAACGUCAAAUAUACAAUAAAGAAAGAGGAGCUGAAGAAGUACUUCCAGUGA